AUGGACACAAAAAAGGAUGAGGCGGAGGAUCUCGAUGAAAGCGAACAUGAAGAUAGCAAAAAAUGUUGUCCAAGAGUGAACCGACCGCUCUUAAUUCCAAAAUUAUUCUAUUUUUUUUUCUUUUCCGGAUGGGGUUCACUUCUACCGUACUUGGCUCUUUACUUCAAACAACUUCUUCUAACGCCGACACAAGUAGGGAUCCUAAUGGGUUUGAAACCAUUUGUCAACUUUCUGGUGAUUCCUCUUUGGGGAGCGAUCGUUGAUCGAUUCAACAAAAGUCGUUUAGUUUUAAUAGCAUCUCUUAUAGCUUUGAUUAUAGCAACAUUUUCAAUAAGCCUCGUCCCGCCCCCGGUUCAACGGAGGAUCCUAACUCAUAAGCUGUGUAAUGAUACUGACAAGAUCAACAGAGUCAUUGACUUAGAUACGGAAAUGUCGGAACCAGAAAUCGACAAAAUGGUAGAGGACAACAAAGAUAAGUAUCGUUUGGCAGUCGAUAACGCAUUUACCGAAGGUAACCCUUGGCCUUUGAAUGCAAUAACAGACUUCAAGGCAUUAGAAGGAACGUAUAUAGAUAGCAAGAAAUGUUUUAUAACUUUAUUUAUCAUUACAUUCAUCGGAACGUUAAUUUCAUCUCCCUCGCUAGCAUUGGUCGAUACAGCAACGAUGCAAUUGUUAGGACCAAAUACUCAUAAAUAUGGAAUGCAAAGAUUAACUGGAUCAAUCGGUUGGGGUUUGGGUGCUUCUGUAGUAGGAGCAUCGCUUAAAACGACUCAUAAAUGCGACAAGAAUCGGAGAGUAGAAAUUGUCGAUUUCAUUCCGUGUUUUUAUGCAUUCGCGGGUUUAAUGAUCACAGCUCUUGUAACUGCCACAAGGUUUAAGUUCAAUGAUGAUAAAAGGACUGAAAAGAAAAAAGUGGGGUUGCGGGUCGGACUCCAAGCACUGAGGAACUCAAAAUACUUGAUGUUUCUUUUUACUGCACUUUAUCUGGGCUUCUUAAUGGCAUUCAUUAAGACAUUUUUAUUUUGGCAUUUAAAAGAUCUGGGAGGACCUCAGUUGUUGUUCAGUGUUAUUUCAGCCGUUAACUGUUUUGCCGAAGUAAGCAUGUACUUUCUCUCGUCCAAGCUGAUAAAAUGUAUAGGCCAUGCUAGGGUUUUGUAUUUGGGCCUGAUAUGUUACUCAAUACGAUUGCUUUACUACGCGUUUAUCAAAAAUCCUUGGUAUGUUCUACCUGUGGAAAUCCUUCCAGGCAUAACUACAGCUGCAGUAUGGGCCGCUUGCUUAUCGUACGUUAGCCAGAAUUCGAAGCCCGGCGCAAAGACAACAAUGCAAUGUAUUCUCCACGGCGUGCAUUGGGGUCUGGGAUAUGGUGCCGGAGAGAUCAUUGGCGGACUCUUAGUUCAUAGAUAUGGUGCUCCGGUAACGUUCGUGAUAUUUGGUAUACUAUGCAUCCUGAUUCUGUUACUCUAUAUCUUGAUCGACACAUUUGGCAAAGAACCAGAAGGAAGUUGCUAUGAUACAAUAGACGAAAGUUCUUCAGUGGGAGAUGCAGAGGAUGUACUACAUGAAGAAGACAAUAUAGGAACACCUAAUGCAGAAACUUCAGAAAAGACGAAAACAAAUGAGGAAUAA